AUGAAGCUGAUGGUGUCUGUGCCCAGAUUCCUGGAGAAUGCCUUGGGGUCCCCCAGGAAAGUCCCUGCAGCUGGUUACAUCAUAUACAAGAGCAACAAUAACCUGAAGGCAUGCAAGAACCAAUGCAAACAUCAGGGAGGGCUUUUCAUCAAAGACAUCGAAGACCUGGAUGGCAGGACUGUUAAAUGCACUAAACACAACUGGAAGUUAAACGUGUCAACAAUGACAUAUGUGAAUCCACCAGACAGCUUCCUGCAGGAUGAGCUUGAGGUAGAGAUGUUGGAUGAUGGGGGGCUUCAGUUGGUCGAGUUAAGCCCCAUGGACCCCUGGCUGGCUGACCCUCGAGAGCCUCAGGAGCUCCAGGAAGGAGAAGUGAAAGUGACGUACUUGACCCACGCCUGCAUGGAGCUGCAGCUGGGACAGAGGCGCUUCAUGUUCGACCCGUGGUUGAAAGGUCCUGCGUUUGCCAGAGGCUGGUGGCUUCUGCAUGAGCCUCCAGCAGACUCCCUGGACAGACUGUGUGCAGCAGAUCUCAUCUACAUCAGCCAUAUGCACUCUGACCACCUCAGUUACCCCACACUGAAGGUCUUGUCAAAGUGGAGGCCAGAUGUCCCCAUUUAUGUUGGUGACACAUCCAGACCUGUCUUUUGGUAUUUGGAGCAAAGCCAAGUCAAGCUGACCAACAUCAACGUUGUUCCAUUUGGUGUCUGGCAAAAUAUUGACGAAGACCUGAGAUUCAUGAUCAUGAUGGAUGGUGUGCAUCCCGAAAUGGACACCUGCAUCAUUGUUGAAUAUAAAGGUCACAUGAUCCUGAACACUGUGGACUGCACUAGGCCAAACGGAGGAAGGCUACCACAGAAUGUGGCCUUAAUGAUGAGUGACUUCGCCGGGGGUGCAUCUGGAUUCCCCAUGACCUUCUGUGGAGGGAAAUACAGCGAUUCCUGGAAGGCAGAAUUCAUCAAGAAUGAAAGGAAGAAGCUGCUGAAUUACAAAGCGCAGCUGGUGAAGUCCCUGCAGCCGAUGAUCUACUGCCCAUUUGCUGGCUAUUUUGUGGAGGCUCAUCCAUCAGACAGUGAGGCCAUCACCAACCCUCCAGCCAGUGCAAAAAUCUACAAGGACAGUUGGGAUUUCGACUUGUAUGUGGAUGAACUGAACAGUGCCAUCAGCUGUGAGACAUUUAAACAUCAAAGCUGGACCAAGUUUUAUUACACUUGGGCAGGCUUUAAAAACUACAACCUUGUUGUGCGGGUGAUCGAGACAGAUGACAACUUUGAACCCCUUACUGAUGGCUACGACUACUUGGUGGACUUUUUGGACCUGUCGUUCCCCACCAAGAGGCCUGACAGAGAACACUCCUACUUAGAGAUUAAAAACAGGGUUGGGGUGCUGAGAUAUGUGGUGCUGCACGGCCUUCUCUGGGAUGAUCUGUACAUUGGCUUCCAGAACCGCAUAAGCCGAGACCCGGAUAUCUACCACCAUAAGUUCUGGAACCACUUUCAGACAGAGCUACCAGUUCGCAGGCCAGACUGGAACCAAUUCCUGCAGCAGGAGACUUCCAUCCAGGAGCCCAACACACAACAAGAGAAGCCAAAGAAAUGGAGCUAUUGUGUAGUGUUAUAAAUGUGGGUUAGUGGUAUAUGAUGAUUAAGAAACUGAUUUUUGUUUACCAGUAUGUUUGAUUUACAACAGCUUCCAUGCCUUCCAGGCCAUUCCAACCUUUUUUGAGCUGUACUGAGAUUAAACAAGUGAAGAGUUAACCAGAAAAAAGGGACAAAAAAACAAAAGAAAACACAAGAUAAGAAAACUAGUGACUUCACUGAAUCCAUCUCUUUUUAAAGGACCAUACAGCUGAUUUUACAUAUUUUGUCAUAUUUAUAGGUUCCUAUACAUUGCCUGAUAUAAAAAUCACCUAAGGGACUCUUAAGACUUGGAUAUGUGAUCUUUCACAGUGAACAUCAUGUCUGUAUCAUGUCUAGCCAAAUAUAUUUUCAUUGUGUGGUAAUGCUGUUUUAAGUCUGUCUAUGUAAGUUUUGAA